AUGGCUUUCGAACACCGCGUACUUCUUCUGUUGAUCAUCUUUUUCUGUAUCCAAACCCUGCAUGGAGAUGAUGUUCCCAUAACACAGUGGGAUCUGAAGAGAUCGCCCUGUCGCGAGGACGUUGAGAAGAAGGAAGCUAAUUGUGAUGAAAGAAGUUUGGAUUCUGUCCCUCAAAAUCUUCCUGAAAACACUGAAGUUCUGAGCCUGAGGUACAACAAACUCACCUCUCUCUUAAACUCUUCGUUUAAAAGAUACCCUCUCCUUACCAAAUUGGAUAUUGCCGAUAACGACAUCAGGAUGAUUGAAUCUGGGGCAUUUUACCCUCUCAAAGAAUUGCAGGAUAUACAUUUGUCUUUCAACUAUGAUCUUGUUCUUCCCGACACAGAGCUCUUCAGGAACCCACUUGACUGCACUUGUGAACUAAGUUGGCUUCUUACCUGGAUUAGCGGACCACUUGUACUCAAGAACAAGAAGAAAACUAUUUGUUCGUCAGCGUCUUUAGAGCCUCUUCGCGAGAAACCGCUGUUUAAAUUUGAUUCCAAAACGCUUUGUAGCCCUUAUAAUAAUAUUGCCCUCUAUUCUUUGACUUCCCUCGCCAUCAUAUCCUUUGUUGUCAUCGUCAUACUCGUAUUUCACUAUCGAUGGCAGUUGAGGUACAAACUCUUUCUCUUGAAAUUAGCCGCCGUUGGGUAUAACGAGAUGCGAGACGCUCGAGACCACAAUGAUUAUGAGUUCGACAUGAAUGUCAUCUUUCACGAGGAUGACGAAGAGUGGGCUCGCGAACAUCUUCUACCAACUCUCGAAGAAAGACUCCCGCAGUUUGAGAGGAACGUCUUUGGUGACGAAGACCUCGUGCCGGGUAUGCAUUACUUGGAUGCGAUUGACUACGUGGUGAGCAGGAGUUACAAGACCGUCAUUCUACUAAGCAGAGCCGCCGUGCGCGAUCGCUGGUUCAUGCUCAAGCUCCGCACCGCAAUGGACCAUGUGAGUGACACUCAGACGGAGUUCGUCGUCGCGGUCUUCAUCGAAGACAUCCCAGAUGAUGAGAUACCUUUCUUGGCGAGGCUGUAUCUCAGUGACGGCAGACCCUACCUCCAUUGGACUGAGGACGUGAGGGGACAGGAUUAUUUCUUUGAUCAAUUGACGAAAUAUCUUACGAUUAAUCUCAGAACCAAUGACUUGAUCCCUAACGAGUAGAAGAAUGUGACAAUAUGAUUAUGUGGCUGUUGGUGGUAAAGCAGGGGUAGCCUCAAUAUCGUUAUGAGCUGCAAUAUUAGGAUUUUUUUAAAUGAAUUUUUCGGAGAGUGCAACGACAUAAUAUUCUUUGAGCAAUUCCUUUUCCUAGAUACCUCGUCUUCGAAGUGCAAGAUAUAGCAUAUUGAGAAUUUCAGUAUGAAUGCAAAUGUACCACCUGAUUUUAUAAAUGUUUUCUACUACGAGAUGGUCUAACACAUUGUCGUACGAGGCUGACCCCGU